GCGUAGCGUCACCGCCUCGUGGACCAAUCAGCGCGGGCCACGGUGAGCUCGUUCCUAUCUACUUCUUCCUGCAGCAGCAGUCUGUGCAGAGUGUGUGUUGCUAAAACACAGAAGGAGACCGAUCACAGAGCAUCUAACACCAUGGGAUCGCUUUUACUUGGAGUGCUGGGCUGCUCCCUGCUGCUGCCUGCUGUCCAAGCCUUUUACUCAGCUAGUGAUGAUGUUGUGGUGCUCACCCCAUCCAACUUCAACAAGGAGGUGAUCCAGAGUGACAGUCUGUGGCUGAUUGAGUUUUAUGCUCCCUGGUGUGGCCACUGUCAAAGUCUAACGGCUGAUUGGAAGAAGGCAGCCACUGCCCUCAAGGGUAUCGUCAAGAUCGGUGCCGUAGAUGCAGACGAGCACAAGUCACUGGGUGGCCAGUAUGGCGUCAGAGGUUUCCCCACCAUCAAGGUCUUCGGAGCCAAUAAGAACAAGCCAGAGGAUUACCAAGGUGGGCGCAAUAGCCAAGCCAUCGUGGACGGAGCCAUGACCGCUUUGCGCAGUCUGGUGAAAGACAGGCUGAGCGGCAAGUCUGGCGGCUCCGGCUACAGCAAACAGCAGAGUGGUGGUGGCGGCGGCGGCAGUAAGGAGGAUGUGGUCGAGCUCACUGAUGACAACUUUGACAAGAUGGUGCUGGAGGGUGAUGCGGUGUGGCUGGUGGAGUUCUUCGCCCCCUGGUGUGGACACUGCAAAAGCCUGGAGCCUGAGUGGGCAGCUGCAGCCUCAGCGGUCAAGGAGCAGACCAAGGGCAAAGUUCGCCUCGGAGCUAUGGACGCUACCGUGCACCAGGCUGUGUCCGGCCGCUACGGGAUCCGUGGAUUUCCCACCAUCAAGAUUUUCCGCAAAGGCGAGGAGCCCGAAGACUACCAAGGAGGCCGCACCCGCGGCGACAUCAUCGAGAAGGCUCUGGAUCUGUUCUCUGACAACUCUGCUCCUCCUGAGCUGGCGGAGAUCCUCAAUGAAGGCAUCUUGAAGAAGACCUGUGAGGACAGUCAGUUGUGUGUAAUUGGUGUCCUGCCACACAUCCUGGACACAGGCGCAGCAGGUAGAAACGGCUACUUGGAGGUGAUGAUGAAGAUGGCUGAGAAGUACAAGAAGAAGAUGUGGGGCUGGCUGUGGAUUGAAGCUGGAGCUCAGAUGGAGCUGGAGGCCGCUCUGGGUAUCGGUGGAUUUGGCUACCCCGCCAUGGCCGCCAUCAACGCACGCAAGAUGAAAUUUGCUCUGCUCAGGGGCUCCUUCAGCGAGAACGGAAUUCACGAGUUCCUCAGGGAGCUUUCUGUGGGACGUGGAUCAACUUCCACGUUGGGAAGUGGGACCAUGCCCAAGAUCCACACUGUUGAAGCCUGGGAUGGCAAAGACGGACAGCUUCCUGUGGAGGAGGACUACGACCUCAGUGACGUAGACCUGGAUGACUUGGAUAAAGAUGAGUUAUGAGCCCAAACGGGGGCGGGAUCCGAUCCAGACCGGCUCGGUUGGAUCUGGUCUGGUCUGGUCCUGUGCGACCAACCUCCCUUCUCCUGUGGACGAAUUGGAGGCCCGGUCGCCCAGUUACUGAAAUAUUCCAGAAAAGACACAUGAGAGACGCCUGCAGUUUCUCACAUCAUCUUUGUCAGUCACACAGGGACGGAGGGAGGGAAGGAGGGAAGAAGGGAGGGAUAGGGAGGGAGGGAGGGAGGGAGUGUGUGGUGUCCCUGGAGUGAACUCUGCCUCACAUACCUGCUGAACAUUAGAAGCUGCAUAUUUAUACGGCCGCCGCCAGCUGCGACGGCGAGGGAGGAGGUUCUGAAUGCGGCAAUUCAUUCACGUCCUUUUUCAAACAUUGUUCUCCUCUUUCAGCCACCCUCAAGCACCUAUUUUAACAUUUUGACUUGUCAGAAAUAACACAUCAAUGUCCAACUUAAAUGUGACUCUAUAUAUAUUUUUUUUUUUUCUCUCUUUUUAAACCAGUAAAGUGAGAAUCUUGGUGGGGUUUGCUUCAUGUCUGUCCAGGACAAGGGGGAUACUGUGGGACUUCUUGUGUAGAUUUUUCUUACACGACUUUAUUUCAAUUGUGUGAAAACAAAAAAAAAAAAAAAUUUUGUUACAAAAAUAAAAAGGAAUAAAAACAA